AGAACAACUUGGUGUUUGAAUACAAGUUGAUUAUUUCAAAAUCAAUACCAUCAUGCGAAUCUUCGUAUUGUUCGUUGUGGUUGCCGUGGCUAAUGCUGCAUAUCUCGUUCCUCUUCUGAAGAAUAGUGAGCCUAUAAAAAACAGCUACAUCUUGAAAGUCAAGGACUCAGUGGACCUUGAUGAUGUCGCUCCCAAGCUAGCUAAACUUCGCAUUGAAGUACAAUGGAAAUAUGUUACAUUGAAAGGUUUUGCUGUACGGGCUCAGGAAACGGAUCUACAUGCGCUACGAACUAUGAGUGAAUUUGAAUAUAUUGAGGAAGAUGGAGUUGUAAGAGCAAAUAUUGAAUGGGGAUGUGAUCGCAUUGAUCAGAGAGACCUUCCCCUCGAUGACAUCAUGAAUUUGUAUCACGAUGGCUCAGGAGCUCAUGUGUACAUAAUCGAUACAGGUCUACGUCACAGCCAUGUUGAAUUUGAGCCAAACCGUGCAUCUUUCCACUUUGACUAUGAAACCAGGGGUGACGUGCCUCCAGGUGAUGAUUGCAAUGGACACGGUACACAUUGUGGUGGUUCUGCUGCCGGUGUCACUGUCGGCAUUGGCACGUCUGCUCGAUUAUAUAGCGUUCGAGUUCUGAACUGUAUGGGUGCUGGUUCCUGGGCCAAUUGUAUUGCAGGAUGUGACUCCGUGACUGCUACGGGGACACGUCCAGGAGUAAGUUCAUUGUCACUUGGGGGAGGUGCUCACCAGGGCAUGGACGAUGCUGUUACACGGAUGAUUCAAGCAGGUUUUGUUGUGUCCAUCGCUGCGGGUAACGAUAACCACGACGCAUGUCUAAACUCGCCAGCCAGAGUUGAAGAGGCUAUUACUGUAGGUGCAACAGACGAUACUGAUACAAGGGCUUCAUUCUCCAAUUACGGCCCAUGCGUCGACAUCUUUGCGCCCGGAGUAAGUGUACGAAGUUCAUACCAUCUGAGCGAUACGUCUUACGCUACGCUGAGCGGUACAUCAAUGGCGUGCCCACAUGUUACAGGUGUAUCUGCUGUUCAUUUGGGAGCAAAUACGUGUUUUAACAACACUGACUGCAAAGCGAAAAUACUCGCGGAGGCUUCUGUGGAUAAAGUGAUCGACCACCAAUCCCCGGACAACUUGUUACUUUACUGUGAUUGAGUCACUCUACGAGUUGUGGGUGAUUCGAAUAUUUACGGCUAAUGUUAUAUUUGCUGUGAAACGAAAUCGUCAUGGAAUGCUGACCAAUAUGCAAAUAAGUACUUCUAAUUAAUAAAUAAAAAGUCAUGGAAAACCUCA